GUACAGUUGGCAGUGACUCUCAGUCACUCCCUCCUCGAAAUUCCGUCACAUAGCAAGCUAUUCACCCUGGGAUGAUUUCGGAAAUUAUUUAUAUGCAUGAAUCCUCAGAUAUCAAGAUCACUCCAAACGACUCCACAAACCUCGGAUCCGGAAUGCUCGACCAUCCAGUUGCACGGUUCUUCAUGGAAUAUGUACACUUCCUUGGAGGCUUAUGUGUGUAUACGACUUUCGCUCCCAUCGCCGCUCGAGUAAGAGGCAUACGGCGCGAUUAUGGGGCAUUGCUGCGUUCUUACUUCGUCCAGCAAGUGAAUUUCCGUUUCGGAGCGCAAGUGUCUAGCGAAUCGGAAUGUAGCAUUAGCAUAAUGUUUUUCAGGGCGCCUUACUACGGAGACUAGAUGGAUACGCGCAUCCGCGUUUCCACCAGAUACCCUGUUCGACAUUUUGCUUAUCAGGAGGCUGGAGGCAUAAGGUUUGGAAGUGGGCGUCACAAUCACACGCA